CGAUAUUUUUUUCCACCUCUACUACAAUUUCUGUUUAUUUAUUAAGAGAAAAACAAACAUGGACGCGAGUGUGAUAGAAAUUAAUGAUUCGGUAAUAACAAUAGAGAGCGAUGCUGACGUCGAAGAUGGCGAAGUGAAUGAUACUGAUGUUGAGAUCAUAAACCUAACCGCCAAUUCACAAUCACCCUCGAACCCUCCACAAAGCAAUACAACAACCACAAACGAGCACUUGGAGGAAUCAGAGCCGCCAAUCUUUGAGGUAACGUUUAAGAAUAAAAUUGACUAUGAGAGACUGCAUGAUCGCGUCCUGCAAGGACUGAAAAAAACGUUUGCCGCGAACGAAUUUGAAUUCAAAACAAAUGAAGCGAUAACGAGGAUUGGCGCCUUUAUCAGGACGCCUACGCCGCUGCCCGAUAACGAUCUGUUCAUGAUCGAUACAGCACCGUCGAGCAAACUGAAUGCCGCACAGGUGCCGUCGUACAAACGAACACACACCGAUGUUCUUGACGAGGAUACGGCGAACAGGAAACGCCUCAAAGCGGAGGCAGUGAACAAAUGCUUUCGCCCUAAAGUGCAAUCGGCAUGCUUCAAUUGCGGCGGGACAGAUCAUUCGUUGCGUGAGUGCACACGUCCCCGCAAUCAGUCGAGGAUACAGCGAGCGCGUAAGAAGAACACACGAACGGAGCGUUAUCAUGUGGACACAGAGCAGCGAUUUGCGCACAUUCGGCCGGGCAGGAUCAGCACCAAGACGCGUCAUGCGAUGGGCUACAGUCGCGGCGAGUUGCCAUUUAUGUUCUAUCGCAUGCGUGUGCUGGGCUAUCCGCCCGCUUGGCUGGAGGAGGCCAAGGUCCAGAGCUCGGGUAUAACGCUCUUCAAUGCCGAUGGCACAGAAGUCCAGGGACCUGAGGAGGAAGAGGGCGAAGCGGACAGCUUCAAGUAUGAUGUGAAUAAAAUAAUUGAUUUUCCUGGCUAUAAUGCGGAACCCGGCUCCAAAUUUUACGAUGAUUUUCAACAUCACAAUGUGCCCCACUUCCAAGAGCAUCAGCUGAAGAGCAACUUUAUCAAGUCACUGGGUGAAAACAUUAUCAAAGGCUACAAACGCAAGAAGCUCAUCGAUUUGCCCACGCCACACGAUACACAACAAACAAGCCUGGAGGACAGUACAAAUUUGGUAGCACAGGACAUGGAACUGGAAGAUGACGAGGUGCACGAUGCAAUGCAGCCUCCGCUGCCUGCUGAGCCCAGUUUACCAGCGCCGCCACCGCCACCCGCAGAGCCAGAAGAUUCCGCCCCGCAACGCAGAUCAUCGCCCACGCUCGAGGAUCUGAAGGCGCAACAGGAAGAACUGCUGCAGCAGCUGGAGUCCAAUACCUCAUUGAACACAAGCAGUCCCAGCACUUCCCAAGUGGAAGAAGAAUCUCCUGCUGCACUUGUUAAACCCGCUGUAUUUAGAGCCUCCAUUCAGGGCACGCCCAUUCUGAAGUUCUCCGAGUUUGAUAAGCUGCCCGAGGGAGAUAAAUUCAAGGCGGGAAUUAGCGAUGUCAUAAAUUUUGAGAAUUUGCCCGAUUCAACGGGCAAAUAUGAGCAGAUGAAGGGGCUCCUCAAGGAUGUGCGUCACAAGAUGGAGAAACUGCAAAACGCCGACGAUUGAGCCGCGCUCGACAGACAACUAUGGCAAUUUUAAUAUGUAAAUAAGAGCAUUUUUAAUUAAGAUUUUGGAUUAAGCCAAAGUUUAUUCACCAAUUCAAUUCAAUAUGAUAUUGCACAUGAAAACCAUGCUGUAUAAUGUGUAUAUAUGUAAUAUGCUAAUAUACGAUUACAAGUAUAGUAUACACAUCUGCAGACAAAUAUAUAUAGUAUAUAUAAAUGUAUUGUAUGUAGUAAGUUUGUACAAAAUUUGAUAUUUGAGUAAAUGAGACAGAGAUUUGCAUCGUCAAUUGAACUAAACA